AUGUCGAGCGAGGUGUUACAGCUGGCUCAAGCCAGAGAGUUGGCUAUGGAUAACAAGCCGGGUGAGAUGCUCCCCAAAGUGCUGGAUACAGCAAUGGCUUUGCAUCGCUCGUCUCGCUCUCCUUCAGUCGAGUUGGGAAGAUUAUGUGCUAAAUUGUUCUUAGACGUUGCGAGCCAUGAAGCAGUAGUAUCAAGCGAAAAACCCUUCCUCGCUUCUCAGCAUUUGGGGGAAUUGUGGAAACUGUGCAGCAGCAGCACAGACCACUCAACCUUACGUGACGGUAUCUUAGGUUUGAGUAGGUGUUAUGACUGGCUUUUUGAUCUUGUUGCCAAAACGUCUAACAAAGAGCUGUGGGAAACAUUGUGCCAGUUCAGGUCUUUCGUCCUUUCUAAGUGGAAAACCGUUUAUCCUUUGACUCCAUCUGAAGACUCGCUACAGGACCAUUCGAGAUCUCUUGGGGUCAAAUUAGCAACGGUUAAGUUCAUAUCCACCUUAGUGAUUGUCCACACACCGGGCAAUUCGGGAAUUAGCAUUGCUUCUGUACCAGAAAACCAUCCGGUUAUCACGGGCAAAAGCCAACUUGAGUCUGGAGCUAAAAAAUUACUAGGGUUCUUACUGAGCUACCUGUCGGAGGAGCCAAUGAUGGUUGCAUCUUUAUUUAUUGGUGUACUCAAUUGCUUGGCGUUUGUGAUGAAAAGAAGGCCGCAGGCCACUUAUCACAUCCUUGGGGGCCUGCUUAGGUUUAAUGUUGAUAUGAAAUACCAGCAGAAUGCAGAAUCUGUACUCCAAUACAGGUUGGCCAAGAGAUUUGUAGAACGUUGCUAUAAAGUGUUUGUCCAGUUUGGUCUUAAAUCUCAGCUUAUAAAGAACUCUGGCAAUAUGGCACAGUAUCACGCCAAACUAUCGAAGAUUUCUCAAACACUUCAUAUAAUAGGUGAGGAAACAAAGGCUAAGGGCAUCAUGAACUUUGAUCCGAAGCAGGUGGAACGCAAAAUGCCUUCUAGGGAACGCGCAAAGUAUGUUACUGCCCUGAAAGCGUCUAAUCAGAACAGCUCCUCACGAAACAACAGCACACAACCUCGCAUGUCACCAGAUAUGCAGCUCUUAACAGAACUGCAAAAGUACACAAUGUCCAAAAACUCAUCUGCUGGUUUCUUUAACACAUCGCCGAUCGCCUUCGAUAGCACAUAUGCCUCCGUUUACUCUCUUAUGAACAGUAAGCACUCUGAAAUUGACGUAUCAAAACUUUCUCCAGCUGUCAUGGCCAAGCUUUGUACCGAGUGUCUUUACCAGACUGACACUAAUAAAAUGAUUUCAGGACUGUCUAUAGUAGCAUCUCGCUAUACUGACUUAAUGAAUAAAGCUUCGCAAGCAACAGAUAAUAAAAAACGACCCCUUGAGGCCGACACAGUCCAGCAGCCUAGCAAGAAACGGGAGGUCGUAAAGCAGCCCGAGGACGAAGAACUUUCUGAGGACGAAGACAAGCAGGAAUUCACUCUCGGAGCCCCGGCGCCAAUGUCCGAAGAAGAGAAGAAACAGCAUUUUAUUCGUAUUGUGGGCCACAUUAUGGCCGUAAAAGAUUCGGAAGAGGAACCAGGCGCCAGCAACGAAGUUCCAGUUAACAUGUUGCAUAAGGUGAGACUACUCGACUGGAACAAUAAAACCUCAUGGCUUACGCUUUUGACAAGGUUGGCGAGCCGGGGUGUCAGCCACAAUGAAGAAAUGAGUAACACAGCUCGCCAGGCUAUCUACGAUUACUUUAUCGAAGACUUUGGUAACCGUGUGGCUGUGGUUAUUGAAUGGCUGAGUGAGGAAUGGUAUUACGAAUCUUUAAAUAACGAGAAGGGUGAGACCCCAGUAUACGACCAAUGGUCACUCAAAAUCCUGGAUGCACUGAUACCAUUCUUGGAAGUUUCUCACAGGCGACUUUUCAUUAGACUCGUUAGUGAAUUGCCGCGUCUGUCCCAAGAGCACGUUGACAAAAUUAGAUCUCUUUGUCUUGAUCCCCUAAGAGGCUCUCUGGGGUUCCAGUCGCUUAAGUUCAUGGUAAUGUUUAGACCGCCUGUCAAACCCCAUAUUGCGAAGCUGCUAACGAGCAUGAAAGAGCAAGAUGAGUCCGUGAGAGAGCAAUGCGAAGCCGUACUUGCCAAAUUCUACUAA